UGUGACUAAUCAAUCCUCUUAUAUCAUCCACAAUCACAAUGUUGACACACAACAAAGUGACACUUUUUGGGGCUUUUCUCUUCGUCACCACUAUACUUUGGACGUUUCCUGAAGUUGUUUUGGCUGCUUCACCCCAUGAAAGUGUUACAAGGCACUACAAAUUCGAUAUAAGGCUGGUAAAUGUUACGAGGCUGUGUCACACCAAAAGCAUGGUUACUGUGAACGGGAAGUUCCCGGGGCCUCGCGUUGUUGCAAGAGAAGGGGACAGAAUUGUGGUUAAGGUUGUUAAUCAUGCUCCAAGCAAUAUCAGUGUGCACUGGCAUGGAGUGAAACAGGUUCGUAGUGGAUGGUCAGAUGGGCCAUCUUACAUAACUCAAUGCCCCAUUCAAACUGGACAGAGUUAUGUGUACAACUUCACCAUUGUUGGACAAAGAGGAACUCUCUUCUGGCAUGCUCACUUUUCAUGGUUAAGAGCCACUGUGUAUGGACCUCUAAUCCUCCUCCCUAAGCAUAACGAAUCAUACCCAUUCGCCAAACCCCACAAGGAAGUCCCCAUCCUCUUAGGUGAGUGGUGGAACACGGAUCCACUGGCUGUUAUUUCACAAGCACUUCAAUCAGGUGGUGGCCCAAAUGUCUCUGAUGCCUACACCAUUAAUGGUCUUCCUGGACCCCUUUACAAUUGCUCCAAUAAAGAUACAUUCAGAUUGAAGGUGAAACCAGGGAAAACAUACCUUCUUCGCUUGAUCAACGCUGCACUCAACGACGAACUCUUCUUCACCAUAGCAAACCACACCUUAACCAUCGUUGAAGCCGACGCUAGCUACGUUAAACCCUUCAACUCCGACAUCAUAAUCCUUGGUCCAGGACAAACCACAAAUGUUCUGUUACACACAAAACCUCACAACCCAAACACCACAUUCCUCAUGCUAGCUAGACCCUAUUUCACUGGCCAAGGCACCUUCGACAAUUCCACGGUGGCCGGCAUUUUAGAGUACAAAAACCCACAUGAUGGCACCAAAAACCUUCCACUCUUGAAACCCUCCCUUCCCGCCAUCAACGACACUUCAUUCGUAGCAAAUUUCAGCAGCAAAUUCCGUAGCUUAAAUAGUCCCAAAUACCCUGCAAAUGUGCCACAAAAUGUUGACAAGAGCUUUUUCUUCACGGUGGGGCUUGGGACAAAACCGUGCCUAAAAAACCAAACUUGUCAAGGACCCAAUAACAGUUCGAAAUUUGCAGCUUCCAUGAACAAUGUUUCAUUUUCUCUGCCAUCAGUAGCACUUCUACAGCAACAUUUCUUUGGCCUUAAGAAUGUUUACACCACGGAUUUCCCAGUUGUUCCUCUAAGGAAAUUUAACUAUACUGGGACUCCACCGAACAACACAUUGGUUACUAAUGGAACGAAGACGGUGGUGAUUCCUUAUGGUACAAAAGUUCAGGUGGUGUUGCAGGACACUAGCAUUCUGGGAGCAGAGAGCCAUCCCCUGCAUCUUCAUGGCUUCAAUUUCUUCUUAGUUGGUCAAGGUUUUGGUAACUUCAAUGGUAGUGCAGACCCUGCUAAGUUCAAUCUUGUUGACCCUGUUGAGAGGAACACUGUUGCUGUGCCUUCUGGUGGUUGGGUGGCUAUACGAUUCCUUGCUGAUAACCCAGGUGUUUGGUUUAUGCACUGUCACUUUGAUGUCCACCUUAGUUGGGGUUUGGCAAUGGCUUGGGUUGUUGAGGAUGGGAAGCUCCCAAAUCAGAAGUUGCCUCCUCCACCGAAAGAUCUUCCUAAGUGUUGAUUUAUAUGACUUCAACUUUCCUCUACCAAUUUUCCCUCGCAAGGAAACCAUUUUCUGCAUUUUGAUUUUGUCACACUUUGAUUUCUCUACAGGAGUGAUGAGUCACCCACUCUUGUUUUUUUAUUUUCACUUGUCAUUUAUUUUUUGUCUCCACCUAAUUUUCAUGCGAAAUGAUUAGGAGGGGUGGUGUUUUAUAAUUGAGAAUAUCAAUGUACUUUUUUUAAUUUGUUGCUAAUUAAUAUCAAUGCACUUGAUUUUCAAAGGACCUUAUAAUUGAAAUAAUAACAUAUGCAUUUUCUCA